AUUGCAUUGACAAACAACCCUCCUACCGCGGGGAGCAAACCAGGGAAAGUCAGGAAAGUGACAGUUCAGCCAGGCAGGGGCCAGUCGUCGGACGGAUAGAGAAUCGUUGUCAGAGACACAAAAACAGUAGCCAUAUUUGUUGUCAUUAAUGAUUAAUGGAGAAGGUGGCCGAAUCGAGAGCCACCCGACGCGAGUGAGCCCGUGAGCCGAGCGAGAGUGUUCCCGAGAUGAAGCUGUUACUGGCCCCGCAGCUGCAGUGAGUGUCUUGGUCGGGGGGCAGAGAGCCCUUUGUGCGAAGCUGGCGGCGCCCGGCGGAAACGUGCCCGCAGGCGGCAACGAUGUGCCCCCCGCGAUGCUGGAUUGGGGCGACAGGGAGGGCGACAGGUUCAGCUUCGAGGAUUCCGACAGAUUCGAGGAGGAUUCGCUGUGCAGCUGGAGCUCGGAGCCCGAGAGCCUGUGCAACAACUGGCGGGGCUGGAAGAAGCCCUCGGCCUCCUCGAAUAGCUUUUUCGGGGCCAGCAAGAAGUCUCCCGAUGGAUAUGAAUUCAGAUGGUUCACAUUUUUCAGAAGCACCCUCCAUAAAAAAGGUAUAGGAUCAUUAUGCCUCUUCAUACCUCUCUAG